UUACAUUACUGGGCGAAACCAAGAUUUAUUGGAUACCUGUUUCAAAUCCACCAGCUGUUGAACCGGUUUUUUGCAAACAAGCCUGCAUAAACAACAUGAUUAAAUCAGUUAGCAAGGACAAGGCCAGGGCUUGCUCUACAGUGAAUGAGGCAGUAGUGGACACAGAGACCUUAGUUUAGCUAUUGUCACUCAGUAUUCAUUCCUAUGACCAGUGUUAUUCGAAGUUAAGGUUAUGACUAGAUACAGCGUAGCAUAGACAUGUUGAUGUGAAAAACCAAUGACUCGGAGAUGCCUCUGCAACAAAAACCUAAUAAAAUUGCCCCGGACGGAGGAUGGGGCUGGAUAAUCAUACUGGGAUCAGGUCUCAUCAACCUCUGCACCCGAGCCGUAGAGCCAUCUUUUGGUUUGCUGUUUGGCGAUACUCUUAAGGAACUUGGGGUAGCAACAACUGGUGCAGCCUUUAUCAUGAGUGCUCGCGAUGCCACCAACAACUUUUCAGGAUUUCUUAUGGGUCCACUCUUGAAGAACUACUCAUACCGCAAAGUUGGUAUCCUUGGAGCAAUCCUGAGCAGUCUAGGUCUGAUAACAGCUGCUUCAGCUACUAGCAUGACUCACAUUCUGCUCACAUACAGCUUGGUUGGAGGCGUUGGUUUUGGACUGUCUUCCACUGCGGUCUUUGUUGCCUUGAACAGCUACUUUGUGAAGCGGCGAGGCCAAGCGUUUGGUCUAGCGAUGGCGGGGACCGGGCUCGGCUUCAUGCUGAUACCUCAGGUGGUGAGCAGACUGCUGAACGAGUAUGGGUUUCAUGGCACCAUGAUGAUCAUGGGAGCGCUGGGACUCAACGCCGUGGUUGGCUCAUGUCUGCUGCAACCGGUCAAGUGGCAUUUGAAAACUGUCAUUGUAGAAGAAGAGGAGGAGCUUGUACAUGAACGGAAACAGGGAGAAAUCAAAGCAAACCACCUUCACAAAUCCCAUUCAAGUAUCAAUGACGAUGCGGAGGCAUCUCUCAGGCUAAGCAUUGAAAAUGAGAUAAACAAAGAGACAACCAAUAAAAGCAAAUCAUCUAAUGAUGGGUGCUGGCAGAAGUUGGUCAGCAUUAUGGACCUGGAUUUGCUCUUGGAUCUCUCAUUUCUGAACACUCUGUUCGGCCUUUCCAUGGCCUAUCUGGCGGAGAUAAACUUCAAACUUGUGAUUCCGUUCUUCAUGGCCAAUCUUGGCUACACUAAGGCUGACACGGCUCAGGCCCUGAGUCUGAUGGCGGUCUCGGAUAUCUCUGCUCGUCUUCUCAUCCCUCCGAUCUUUGACAAGCUUCCAUUCACUCGUAGGAGCACUCUGGCCGUUGGAUUGGUUUUUGUGAUGAUCGCACGAUCAGUUCUAGCAGAGCAGACUUCAUGGAGGAACUUGAUCAUAACUAUUUUGAUUCACGGAUUCUUUCGUGGAUUCGCUUUGAUCAAUUUCCCACUGGUCAUAUCUGAAUCUGUGGUUAGAGAAAAGUUAGCCUCAGCCUAUGGUCUAUUUAUGGUCUCCAAGGGAAUAUUUGUGGUCUUCCUGGGACCUUUAGCUGGUUGGAUUAGAGACUUUACAGGCAGUUUCUCCAUAUGUCUUCACGCUCAGUCAGUUAUGCUCUUGAUUUGUAUAGUUUCUUGGAGUGUCGAGUAUUUGUUGAGCUCAAAAACAAAACUGAAAAAAGCCCAAUCUACAGAGCCUUCUUGAUAGCUUCAUAGCUCUAGGAAUGUUGAACAGAUUGUAACAUGCAGGCCAACCUGCUGUAAUAAAAACUCACGUUCCUGUCUAACAGUUAAGACAUCAAGAAUAUGUUUUCAUAAACAUUUUUGUGUAAAUGUAGUCUUAAGUUUACAAUUUAUGACUGUGAUACUUAUCACCAUUAUCAUUAUCAUGAAGUAUCAACCACCACGUAAUGUAAUGUAAUGUAUUGUUAAUGUUAUUGUUUAAAGAUAAAGUACAAACAAUAAAAAUUGUGAUUUUGACGAGUUGAUGUAUUUUAUCAUUGAAUUGAGAAACUGAAGUAGACAUCCCAUCUACAUGGACCAGCUGUAAAAGUUUUUUUGCUCAAAGAGGACUAUUAGUUUAUGUGCUACCAGAUAGGUUUACUUGCUACAGUAUGAUAGUUUUUGGGGACAUAAAUGUGGCUACAGUUGAAAAAUAUACAGACGAAAUUCAUUAGUGGAGUAAAUAAUGAAAAGGGGAUCUUUAGCUUUCCAUGUCUAAAAGUUAGUGUGUAAGAAAGAAAACAUUAGGUUUACCAAAGACAAAUAAAACUAAAUAUAGACUGACAGCAGUGCUGAGGUUAGCAUAAGUUCUGGCGUCCACCACUGGGACCGCUGUGCCAUGCAACGUAAUUACACGGAACUCCAAGCGGUGGUCGCCAGAACUUAUGCUAACCGCAGCACUGCUGUCAGUCUAUAUUUAAUUAUAUUUGUCUAUGGCAGUACACUCUUGGUAGUGGCUAAAUUAAAUUAAGUUACUUUUAUUUUAAAUGGUUACAACUUUAACAUGAGAAUGGAUUGUCUACUUCACAAAAGUGUCCAUAGUCGAGAGGUUUUAAACACAUAAAAUAUGUAUAAAGUACAUAAGUAUUAAAUUGUUGUGUAAAAAAAAAUAAGGCUUACGUAAUCUCGCCACAGCUUGACAAAAUAUGUCAAUUUAGGACAUGUUUUGGUGUUAAAACACAAUCGUCAGCUUCAGGUAGGUUUUUUAGAGUUGAUCAGUUGUAUUACCAAAAGAAAAAGGUAAACAAUGUAGGGCACAAACAAAAUUAUGAUAAAAUUUCAAAAAAUAAACAUUUUUAAACAGGUCUGUUCUUUUAACAAAAGUUAACCGACCACAGGGUUAAGCAAGGGACAGACUGCUCUUGUUCAAAUAUUAUUUUAUCGUAAUUUUGUUUUGCCAUACAGUGAUCAAAUCUACCAAGUACUUGAAGCUGACAAUGGUGUUUUAACAGCAAAACAUGUCCUAAGUUAACAAAUUUUGUUGAGCUGUGAAGGGAUUGGGUUGGUAAUUUAGUCUUGUGUCCAACAGCUCAAGGGCUACAAACAUGGAUUUUAAAUAAAUUAACUUGAUCACUAU